GCAACAGCGACAUUGGGAUCCCUACUUUAAGAUCCCCAAACUUUUUUAUUUCGUUGUUCGUUUUUUUUUUUUCAUUUCCAAAACUUUUCCAAAAAUUUUACUUUUUUCCAUUUGGAGCAUGUCUAGUUUAUUGUAAUGCAUCAUUUGGCGUAACGUAUCAAUUGCCGAAAUGUUAGUGUGAAAGCAAGGAAAUUUCGCUGUAUUUUGCUGACCUGCACUGUGAUGCCGUCAUCAUCAUUAUCACAACAAAUUUUGCAAAUUCUCGCUCGCAGCUACGCCACUAAUUGUAACCCUGACAAUAAAUAAAUACGCAAAAGGGAAGGGCCUUGCAACUUGGUUUUGCGGAUAUACCACCAAUGUCUUUGCGCGCCAUUAAAAAGCGCGAUAAUCAAUUGCCCUCACCUGUUGUAGGAAGUGCAGCAAAUUCACGGACGAGCCUCUUUCGCAAACUGAGCAAAGCAGCAAAGGGAAAUCAGCAACAGCUGCAGCAGACGGCGUUGGUCUCCAGCGGCAACGGGUCAAAAAAACAUUGUGGGCUAUCCUUGCAGACGAGCCUCAGACAACAGCAUAAGUUGCUGGGUCGUUUGACAAGCUCUAACCCUGAAUUCGGAGAACAGACUGAUACACUGAGACGUUUGGAAGCUGCUCGCUUGGUUCGGACCAAAUCGGAAAGUGAUGUCAAUAAACUAUUAAGCUGUCAGAAUCAGUCGAAACAAGGUGCUUUACUAAAUGCAAAAUCAGAGAUUUGUCUCAAAACCAUUUCCACACAUCACUAUCAAGCAACAACUGCCAGUAACAACAACAAUUGUUUAAUAAUUUCUCAAAAACACCCAUCACAAUCAUCUGCAAACAUGUUAAGUGGUGCACGAUCACAUCGCGAUUUAACCCAAUCAUCCUAUGUUGCAACAAUGAAUAAUGUCGAUGGAGGAGCCCACUGCCCCGGUGGCAGUGGUCCUUCUCGUCGACGCAUGAGUGAAGGAAAUUAUAUUAGAACACAACGUACAAACUCAAUGUCUACAAGUGAGAUGACAUCAUCAUCCAUAGGUGCCGGAUCUCUAGGUGGUCAUACAGUCGCUCCUGUCGAUCCCAACAGCAUAUUACGCAUUCCCAUUAUUGGUUAUGAGGUAAUGGAGGAAAGGGCUCGCUUCACGGUCUACAAAUUACGCGUUGAAAAUCCAAAUACCAAUGAUUGUUGGCUGGUCAUGCGUCGCUACACCGAUUUCGUUCGUCUCAAUACGAAAUUGAAGCAAUCCUUUCCACAUUUGGUGUUAAACUUACCGCGUAAAAAGAUUUUUGGUGACAAUUUCAAUUCGGUGUUUCUCGAUAAUCGCAUACAAGGAUUGCAAAUGUUUGUCAAUUCGAUAAUGAGUAAAGAGGAAUUGAGAAAGUGCCAGCUGGUACGAGAGUUUUUCUGCUUGGAUGAACCACCAUCGUAUUCCGAAUCCAUGGAAGAAUGUAGGGCAAUAUUUGAGGCUCAAGAGGAAACCAUUGCUCAUUUAAAAAUGCAAAUAAAUAACAAAAAUGACUUGAUAUUGCAACUACAACAGAAACUGCGUGAUGUGCUGCAGGAGACAGAACAGUUGAAGGAUAUGCUCAAAUCUGUCAAUAUAAAUACCACAAAUGGAAAUGCCUAAGAAAUAGGUUAAGCUCUUUCCAAAAAAAUACAAAACGCAAAACACACAUGUAAACAUUACAAACACACACACAGUAAAAGAAGAUGAUGCUAUUAAUAAUAGUUGAUCUUUCUUCUCCAAUGGGAAAAAAGGUCAUAGUUAAAGGAAUGGUGUCUACACACAAGAAAUAGAAAAUAUUUUUAUAAUACGCAAACAAAUACAUAUUAAAUGAGUGAAAUUCUGCGAUAUUAUGUUGAGCAUAAUGCAUAUAGUAGGCGAAGUAGCAGCAAGCACACAAACCCUCAAACACAGCAAUUAUUAAAACUUAUACACAAAAAAAAAAAACAACACCAAUAUACAUAUUAGUUUUGAAUAUACAUUUUAGUUUACUCUAUUACUAAGUUAGGUGAUAUUACUCUCUCACAAGCAUGUGCAUACUAUAAAAUGGGAAACUAUAGUAUUUGAAUGAUAUCCUUUGAUUGCUCGAAAAUGUCCACCAAACAUUCUUUCUAUUGUAUGGAAUGUGUUUUUUUUAUUAUAUUUAAUUUUUUUUUUUUGUAUUUAAACAUUAUAUGAUUUCUAACACUUGUAAUCUGUAAUACAACUAAGACUAAUUUUAAAACUGUAGUUUAUAAAUAGUUAAUGUAAAAAAUAGGUUGAAAACAAAAAACAAAAAGCAAAAAGAA